CGCCCCACAACCGCGUACCCAACCGCCGCUGAUACGUGUGUCGCAUCGCCAGCCUGCACCUAUAUUGCGAUAGGUCAGCCCGGGUGUUCCGCUAUUCAGUGUCCAUUACGACAAGUCUCUUCAGGAUGCCGCCCCAGAUCAAGAGCGACUUGAACCGCAGCGGCUGGGAGACGACCGACUUCCCGUCCGUCUGCGAGAAAUGCCUGCCCGACAACCCCUACGUCCAGAUGCUCAAAGAGGACUAUGGCGCCGAAUGCAAGAUUUGCACGCGCCCCUUUACCAUUUUCCGCUGGAAGUCCGACCGCACCGCUCGCCAGAAGCGCACCAACAUCUGCCUGACCUGCGCGCGCCUCAAGAACUGCUGCCAGCACUGCAUGCUCGAUCUCUCGUUUGGCCUGCCCAUCGUCGUGCGUGAUGCGGCGCUGAAGAUGGUGGCGCCCGGCCCACAGAGCGACAUCAACCGACAAUACUAUGCGCAGGAGCACGAGAAGGAAAUCGAGCAAGGACGAGGGGCCAUGGAGGCCUACGAGAAGACAGACGAGAAGGCGCGCGACCUGUUGAAGCGCCUGGCACAGAGCGAGCCCUACUACAAACGGCAACGACGGAUCGAGGCCGAGGCCGAGGAGAGCGGCGGACAAAAGGCGCUGCCAGCGCCUGGUGGCAGCGGAGGCGCAAGCCGUGAGGGCAGCCACGUCCCAGGACCCAUCAGAACCCGAGAUUCUCGCGGCACUCCUGCCCGGGGAGGCAUGCGCGCUGGAAGGGGAGGCCGUAUGGGAGGUCCACCGGCAGAGCCGAGCCCGCAAGACUGGCUGCCGCCGUCGGAUCCAAACGUAGCAUCGCUCUUUGUUACUGGCGUCGAGGACGAUCUUCCCGAACACGAGAUCCGCAAGCACUUUUCGCAGUACGGCCAGCUCAGGUCGCUGGUUUGCUCGCAUCGAGCGCACUGCGCCUACGUCAACUACGCCAAGAGGCUGGAUGCAGAGACUGCGGCAGAGGCAUUAAAGGGCAAGGUUGUCAUCAAGGGCUGUCCGAUGCGAGUCACCUGGGGCAAGCCAAAGCAGCUGGAUAGCUUGGACCAGAACGUGAGGAUGCAAUACGCAAAGGAGGGACGUCAGGUGGCGGGAUCAUCGCGACGGGCGGCUGCUUCCAAAGCUGCCAUCGAGGCUGCUCCCGAGAACAACUUGGACAACAUGGUCAUUGCGCCGCCACCGGGCGCCGACGACGAGGUUCAGUAUGCCAGUUUGGCGGGCAAUUAGGCGUGGCUUAACAUUAUUGCAUUGGGACGGCGUUUUUGGUUGCAUGAUGGCAUGCAUGGGUAUCACGAUUCGAUUUGUCAUGGAUAAAAGCC